AUGCAGCUCAAACGAGGACUGCCGCGAGAAUCAUGCGAUUUCUGCCACCGACGAAAGGUCAAAUGCGACCGGUCACUGCGCGCAAGGCAGGGUCUUGCCUCAUGUUCUCAAUGCAGCCUGCGCCAGGGACCUUGUAUUUUGAAUGACCCAACUGAGAGACGUACACGACGGCAUGCCCGUCAAGCUACCCACGGAGGUAGCGCGGGCGUGGCGCUAGGCGACGGAGGAUCACGGAUGGUUCGGGUUGACCUAACACAAGGGGAUAACCCAGCAACAUCCCCGUUUGCUUCGGCAUCUCAACUCGAACCUCUACUGCCACUGGAGGAAGAUCCUUCGACAUUAAUACAGUAUCCCGAUGAUAUGUUCGGUGAAAAUUUUCUUGGUCUGAGUCGUGACAAUAUCUUCUUUCUCGAUCAAGUUUUCAUGGGCGACGGUGCAGGAUCAUUUGAAUGGCUCGGCCAAGCGCAAGAUGCACACCACGAUACGCAAGCUUGUACUAGCGCUGAUGAUCAGAUUCGUAACGACGAACUACCACGGCAAAUUCACACAGAGCCGCUUCAACAAUUUCCUUGGCUGGACAGUGUUGUAGACUCGAACAACGCUUUCACUACUGCACUACAUUGCUACUUCAAGUUUGCGGCGCCAUGGCUGCCGAUUCUGCUUGAGGACGCCUUCUGGCAAGACUACCAUAACGGACGCUGUAGUCCUAUUCUGGCGUCUGCUAUAGCCUGUCGUGGGAUGCCUUUCACGACUGUUCCCGACAAAUGGGAUCUUCAGCAGCGUUUUGCCCAUGACUUUCGAGAGGCAUUCCUAGGUGCCCAGAGCACGGCAUCCAACGACGGAACAAUCAGACUUGACAAUGUUGAGGCGCUGGCUCUUAUGGUAAAUUUUGAAUACGAAGAUUCUAACAGUCCGCCGCUCCAUUCAAAUUUAGGAAGACUCUUUUUAAGGCACGAAUCGCUCGUCAUGAUGAUGUUGCAGUUCCGUAUCCAAGAGCGUGUCUCCACGGGGACAGACUCAUCAGUGGCGUUGGCCAGAGCUCGGGAGCGGCGCGUGCUCCUUUAUUGGCACGUAUAUGGUCUUGAUGCCUUCAAUUGUCUGGAUCGUAAACAGAUAUCUCUGAUUCCCGACAAGGAUGCAAGCGACAAGGACACUCUUCCCCAAACCGAGGCUAGGGACUUCCUCGAUGCUGUCUUUGAACUCGCAGUGAUUGCCCGAACUAUUCUGCAACAGUUAGGCAACAACUCGGCAAGGCGUCGUGGGAUUGAGUCAAACGAUGUGCAUGACAUAUAUGCCCGAAUCUAUCAAUGGAGGAACCACACUUGUCCCCGUCAUUUGCGCAGAUAUGAAGAAAGUCCAGGGACAGUGACGACUCACGACAAUAAUGGUCACUCAACUGGGAUACAGCAACACAUCAAUCUUCAUCGAGCUGUGCUAUGGGCAUUAGAAAUUAAUUGCUUGAUGCAAGUUGAGUGCUUUGUAUCCGAGUUCGGCAUCAAGGAGAGUGGAGAUCUGCGGGCAGAGAUGACUAGAUCGCGUGUGGAAUAUGAAUGCCUUCGUGCUCUGAAUGACAUGUUGGCUAUAUGUCGUUGGAUCGAUUUGAACACCAUCUGCGAUGAACAAGGCAAGCAGCACUCUCUGGUCGAUCUCGCGCCGUUGGCGCUACGCAAUGUGUGUGCUGGGCUAUGUUAUUGGGCAUGUCAACGCGGUAUUAAGGCGAUUCAAUUUUCCAGUACGAAGGCUCCCGACACAAAGGAGCCUCCAAUAAACAGUCAAAACCGCCCUGCUCAUGCUUAUAUUGAAAACGCGCAGCUACUACGAAACGAAGCUGCGAAGGCAACGUCGCACAGGGACACGGCGGAUAUCCUUGAGCGCCUCGACAAACAAAUCGCCGCGCUCAAAGCAGAGUUCGAUAAUGAUCCUGUGCCCGGAGACUAA